CUGAUGCCGAGGUGAAACCACCCAUAGCCACAGGCAACGGGAUUUUUCUUUCGACCUCCACCUCGACCAUAACUCUGAUACCAAUCUAAACAUGGAGUCAUUGAAAGCUCUCCCGCGCCUUGUACGGAGGCAAUUCAAGGCCGCCCAAGAGGCUGGGGACUUGACCUUCUAUGCCACACAGGUCUCUAUUCUUCGGUGUAACGAUCUCCCCGUAAUUCAUCCGGAGUCAAUAUCAAAUCUCCAUUCUUUGCUGACCUUAAUCGCAGUUCCAACUUCGGUUCUCCCCCACUCUAGCAAACAAGCCCAAGGCAAAGAAAUCUGAAGGCAAUACUAAGCCCGUGGAUCCAUUUGAAAGCCCCCAGAAAGGCCUAUUCAUCGCCAAUUUAGAACCUUCACAUUACCUCGUGCUAAACAAAUUCCCUGUCAUUCCCAAUCAUUUUAUCCUUGCGACCACGACCUUCAAGGAGCAAACAGACUUGCUAGAAGAAGCAGAUAUUGAGGCUGCAUAUCGGUGUUUGGAGGCGUAUCGAGAGAAUGGAGAAGAAUUAUUCGGGUUCUUCAAUUCUGGGAAUUUCUCCGGUGCCUCGCAAGCGCAUAGGCACAUACAAUUCCUACCCGUUGAGUCGAUGCGUAGUGGAAUAAAACCUUCGGAAGAAUGGAGCGUACUUGCUGACAGUCUCUUAAAACAAAAAGGUUAGUUUGACUUCAAGCUGCGUCAAUCUUGCUAACUGGUUAGAUCUACCAUUUACGUAUUUUGCCUCGGAAAUUUCACGUGAUGCAACCCCCGGACAACUCCAUGAAUUAUACGUCAAAAUGCACCAACAAGCUUGCCUAGCGAGUGAGAAAUAUCAGAUCAGCUCACCAACCGGUACUCCUUUGAUUUCGAAGUCCACGAGAGACCAUGAAUCUCCAAUCAGCUACAACCUUGGCUUCACGGAUCGAGUAAUGCUUCUGUGUCCACGGGUUUCAGAAGGACUGGAAAUAGAGAGUGCAGAUGGCAACAAAAUUGAACCGAUUGCUCUCAAUGGAGCAGUGUUGGGUGGAACAUUGCUAGUCAAGAGUGAGGGAGAAUGGCAAACUUUGCAAAAUGAUUUUUCAAAACUGCAACAUGUAUUGGGGGCCAUCGGUAUACCGCCCGCUGCUUCCUCUCAUAACGAACACUUGUAAGCAACCUUUGCUCCAGAAUGAAAUCCCCAUCCAGAAUCCAGUGGUAUCGCCUAACGAAAAGCACACCCUCGCCGAGGUGCCAAAGUUUCAUCUGAAUUUGUCCUCGCUUGCAAUUUCUGCUCCAGAUUCUCUUUGGAGUUUAUCCCAUUUUUUCCUACAAGUGGCAUUUCCAAAGUGGUAGGAUCCGCCAUUAUUGGCGAUGUAUUCGGCAACCUGCUUCCAAGGAACUUUGCAGUGAUUGGGAUCGGUUCCGUGCGUCAGCUUGCGGACAGCUUUUCUUAAUAGAGCAAUCUACAGUAAUGUCAGCUUCUUAGAUAACUCAGUGGAUGUCAAUAAACGCACGUCAUUUUCAGUCCAUGCCGGCUUUCUUACUCGAGCUAACUUGUGUUUUGUCAAAGUGCGGAACCGGCCUCGUAAUGUUGACUCCGCUUCAGUAAAACCCCCCUUUCGGCGGAUGUCUUUGUACGACAUCCCAGCUAAUUUGGACUCAACGAGAAAUUGGUCUUUAGCAUUCUGUGGGUUCACGGCUUGGAUUUUAGCGCUCGGUUGUGGAGUACCAUUCCAAUCAGAUGUUGGUGUUGGGCCAUUUGGUUGGAGUUUUUUUGGCGUCGAGUUUUGUGACCUUGACUCUGCCGCAUGCUUGGAAGCCUUUUCGAUUUUUGGCGUUCUCCCGUUUUCAUUUGAAUGAUAUUUUGUCCGGCUGUGUCUAAUUGAUUUGGUCUUCGGUAUAGGAUCCUUUCUGCCCUUGGUGGUUGAUCUGUAGUCACUGCUUGGUAAAAUUGGUGCUUGCCUGUGGGGACCUGAACAGUCUGGAAGCUUUUGACGUGUUGGACGAAUAGGGGUUGGCUCUUUGAGAACCUUCAAGUUCUCAGAUGCUGGAUAAUCUGAAUCCUCAGCGCCGCUGGACGAAUCUGUCUGAGUUGACGAGGUUUCUGGACCAGAGGCAGAAUACGAAAAUGAUGCGGGCGGCGAAACGUUUGCUAGAUGCAUUUUUUGGGGGGAGAUGGUACUUGGUGUAUCAGCAUGUGGAUUCCACUUUAUCAUGUCGGCAUCGGCAUCCGAAUCCCAUAGAUAGCUCUGUUGCUGUAGCGGUUGUUGGCUGGAAGUGUUUACCGAAUGUGGCAAGCCAUGGUGAGUUGGAGGGUACCCAAAAGGAUUUUGAUAGAGAGGGGCUUUUGAUGCUAGCAUCCACGACGGCUCAUCUGUGCUGGAGCUUGCCAUGUCGUAGUUUGUUGAGGGUUGAGAAGCCAGGGGCGUACUCGUCGGCGCAUAGGUCGGAUAUGUUGAAUCGUAAGUUGGAAUUGAUAACGACCCUUGAUUUGUAUACGAUGGCUGAUUUGAUGGAACAGACGAUUGCAGACCAAAUGGCUUGAUAUCUGUCUCGUUCGAAUUCAUGUUAUAUGGAUAUCCCUGAUAUCCUGACUGAGAGGCUGCAAAUUCCGUCAAGCCAUCUCGUCCAUAGUCCCAUCGAUGAUAUGGAGUUGCAAGCAUUGGAUCCUGUUCCUGGAACUGAUUCAUCAUACCUGUCGAAGCAUGAUGCUGCAUCAACGAUCUCUUGUAAGUCUGUUCUUGUUGAGUCGAAAUCGUAUAUGAGCCUACCCUUGGUAGAUGGUUCACUGCAAGAGGAGGCACAGAAGUUGGAGAUUGUUCAACAAAGUAUCUUUCAUAACCUGUGUUGUGCACCU